GAUUUAACAAUCUAAGUUUGAGAUAUGAUAUAACCAUGCAAGGGAUCCACUUUUGAAUAAUCUACUGGUAACUACAAUGUAGAUUAAAAGCUCUAUAGUGAGAAGGGUGUUUCUAGAAGUGGAAGUGCACAUGCUAUUCUGUACCAUCACAUAUUUGGAAAGAGUAGGCUUCGGGAAGUUCUGUUGGAGAAAUAGAAUGACCUAUCUACGGGUUUCCGGUAUGUUUGUCUCUGUUAAAGGAGUCAUUUCCUUGUUAGUGAUCUUGGGAUUGACUACUGGUUAUAUUGCCACAAUGAUGGGGUUCAAGUUGUUGGGAUUAGCAGAGAUUGCAAUGUUUUCCUCAGCAAAUCUACCUUAACUUCAGGACAGGUAUAUUUUUCUGCUCUCAUUUGAAACUUGAGAUCUAUUCGGUAUCACUUUGGUUUUUGAAGAGUUUUCUGCUAGAGUUUUGGUUUUGAUUUUUGAUGUCUUGUGUUUUCUCAAACAGUUUUAUUUUUUUUAUUAUUUUUUUUCAAGAGAUAAAUAUGAGUGGGAAAUCAUUUUUGCUUGAAUUUUUGGAAAGUCAAUUAAUAGGCAGCUUCUUGCCACAAUCUUUGAAAAUUAAAAGGGAUGUUUUCUG